CCUGUAUCUCACUCAUUUCCUCUUUCUGAGUCGCGCUUAAAUCAGGUUGAUUUUGGGAGCAGAGAAACCCUAGGAGAGAGAAAAAAUUUUAAAAAAGAAAAAGAGAAAAAACCACAGAAAAGCUCAGUGCUUGGAGACGAAAGAAGAAAAAUAGGAAACUGUGCCCCAAUACAAGGGGCGGUUCGGAGUGCCUCGGCGGAGGUCGAGGGGCUCUCGCUAUCGCACUCCAAGUCGCAGAAACAACAGCCUCCUUGCCAGCCCCAAACUGUGAGUUUAGAGUCAUCUCCGAGCACCAAGAAAAUGAAGGGCCUCUUCAAGCCCAAGCCCCGCACUCCUGUCGAUGUCGUCCGCCAGACCCGCGAUCUCCUUAUGUUUGCCGACCGCAUGUCUGAUACCCGUGAGGGCAAGCGCGAAGACAAGAUGUUAGAAUUAUCUAAAAAUAUCAGGGAGAUGAAGUCAAUUCUUUAUGGCAAUAGUGAGUCUGAGCCAGUCUCAGAGGCCUGUGCACAGUUGACCCAGGAGUUUUUUAGAGAGAACACACUUCGUCUUCUAAUUAGGUGUCUUCCAAAAUUGAACUUGGAGACCCGAAAAGAUGCCACUCAAGUUGUUGCAAAUUUACAACGGCAGCAAGUUCAUUCGAAGUUGAUUGCAUCCGACUAUUUGGAAGCUAACAUUGAUUUAAUGGAUACUCUGAUAUCAGGGUACGAAAACACAGAAAUGGCUUUACAUUAUGGUGCAAUGUUGAGGGAGUGUAUACGUCACCAAAGUGUUGCAAGGUACGUUUUGGAAUCAGCACACAUGAAGAAGUUCUUUGAUUAUAUACAACUUCCCAAUUUUGAUAUUGCUGCAGAUGCUGCGGCCACAUUUAAGGAACUCUUGACAAGGCAUAAAUCUACGGUAGCUGAAUUUCUUUCCAAAAAUUAUGACUGGUUUUUUGAAGAGUAUAACUCCAAGCUACUGGAGUCUACCAAUUACAUCACCAGAAGACAAGCUGUCAAGCUAUUAGGGGAUAUGCUGCUUGAUCGUUCAAAUUCAGCAGUAAUGACUCGAUAUGUGAGCUCAAGGGACAACUUAAGGAUUCUUAUGAAUCUUCUCAGAGAAUCGAGCAAGAGCAUCCAAAUAGAAGCAUUUCAUGUGUUUAAGCUAUUUGCCGCUAAUCAAAACAAACCUGCUGAUAUUGUGAGCAUCCUUGUGGCAAAUAGAAGCAAACUACUGCGUCUCUUUGCUAAUUUCAAAACAGAUAAAGAGGAUGAACAGUUUGAAGCAGACAAAGCUCAAGUGGUGAAAGAAAUUGCUGCCCUUGAACCUAAAGAACGCACAUGAUCAAGCUUUUGUUUGCAUGAAGAGUUGUUUGUGCAAUUCAAAUAUAAUGUUAUAGCUCCUAUGGUCUUCGACAUGGGGCACUUUCCCUACUUGAAAAUGCCCCAUGUUUCUUUAUUUCUGUAAGUCCUCAUUUGUAGUUAAAGGCUGCUAUAGAAUUGAAUACGCUUUUGUAAAAGGUAGAUAAAUAAAUUGAUGAUAUAAGUUAAAUGCAGAACUUGGGUGAAAAGGGGUCAUUGAAUGUUUUACCAGGAAGUUUGUUCUUCUGUUUGAUAUUCUCUGAUUAUCACCGUUUGUUGUAUAUUUCUUCAAUACCAUUGUCCUUCCUCUGUGCAAGCUUCUUGAACUUAUGAAAGUUUGUUGUAUGUAAAAGGAUCGAAGUUAGCUGAAAUAAAUAUUUAUGUAGAAAAGUAAAAUGAA